UGUUCAUUUUGUGUUUUAAUCUUUUCUAAUCUGGAUAGACUUUAUAGCAUGAAACUGCUUCCAGACUGUUUCAAAACCUUACAAAGAAUCCCAAUUCACUCUUUCUAGAUCUACAGUCAAUGUGUUUUCAAUACAGGAAAGAAUCAAAGCAUUCAAUUAAUGGCGACCAGAAUGAAAACAUGGAUGAUUAUAUUGCUUUUGUCGGUAACAAUGGCGGUUAUAAUGAAGGAAAACAUAGUGGAUCUAUUGGGCAUGUGGGGAGAGGAGCUUGAAAACUUUCCAUAUGACCAGGAAAACCGGUUGCAGGCGGCAGGGGUUCGAUUCGCAGGGGAGUUUUUGGGCUCAGAAAGCCUGGCUUUUGAUUUGGAAGGAAGAGGACCUUAUACAGGCGUUAGUGAUGGCCGUAUUCUUCGCUGGGAGGAACCUCAAAAGCCAUGGACUUAUUUUGCUUAUACUUCACCAAUCAGGUCUGGAGAAUGUGCACCAAAGAAUCCACCUGCUCCAAAUUUUGAUUAUGAACACAUUUGUGGAAGGCCAUUAGGACUGCGCUUUGAUAAACAUGGAACACUCUUCAUUGCAGAUGCCUACUUUGGUCUCCUUACUGUUGCUCCUCAUGGUGGCCUUGCCCAACCUCUUGUAACCCAGGUGGAGGAUACUAAUUUAACUUUUACCAAUGAUUUGGACUUUGAUACACAAGGUUUUAUCUACUUUACUGAUAGCAGUUCCAAACACCAAAGAAGGAAUUUUCUGCUGAUGUUCAUAGAGGGUGAUAACACUGGCAGACUGAUUCGCUAUGACCCAAAGACAGGGGCCACAACAGUUGUGCUCAGAGGCCUUCAAUUUCCCAAUGGAGUAGCUGUAAGCAAAGAUGGCACAUUCUUGCUUAUAUCUGAGACCAUUACAUGCAGAUUGCUCAGAUAUUGGCUGAAGGGACCCAAAAUGGGUACAGUGGAAGUGUUUGCUUCACUUCCUGGCUAUCCUGACAAUGUUCGCCUGAGUGAAAAUGGAGACUUUUGGGUUGCUAUUCAUGGAUUACCAAAUCCAUUUCUGAAAAUACCAGUGAGUAUAAGAAGAUUAGUCCUAAGGCUUCCUCUUCCCCUAACUAAAAUAUUCAGCAAAAUGUCUGCAAAGAGGGGAAGGGGCAUGAUUAUAAGAUAUGGCAUCGAUGGACAAAUGUUGGAAGUUCUAGAAGAUAAAAAAGGUUUAGUUGUGAAAUCAGUGAGUGAGGUUGAGGAAAAGGAUGGCAUCCUUUGGUUGGGCUCUGUUCUUCUCCCACAUAUUGUUGUUUAUAAUAACAGUCACCAGGUUUCUUGUGACAUGUAAUGAAGUUAUUUAUCUAUUAGUCUCUGUUUUAGAAGGGUGAUGCAAAUUGUUUCAAUUAAAACAAAAAGCAGAGCAAAAACAGAACAGCAAAACUAUUCAAUUCUAUUCAUCAAUAGAUGUACAUAUU